ACAAAUAUAUUAUUUAGAGAUAUUUCAUCUAUCAAAUAGUUCCUGGAGGAUACAUUUUGAUGCAGAAACAAAAUUUGGGAAAGGAUUCUUCCUCUCAAACAGGAAGUGUUAGCCAGAUUUAUGACGAGUUCUGCCCAAUCUUACUCAACCAGUUUAAGUCAAGGGAUUACACAAAAUUUGAGACAUUUGAUGCUUCCUUGGAUGAGUUCUACAGCAAAAUUGAGAGCCAAAGGUCUGAACAACAGCAGAAAGCCAAAGAAAACUCAGCUGCUCAGAAGCUGAAUAAAAUACGCCAGGAUCAGGAAAAUCGAGUGCACACAUUGAGGAAAGAAGCUGAUCACUGUGUUAAAAUGGCAGAAUUGAUAGAAUACAACUUAGAAGAUGUGGAUGCUGCUAUAUUAGCUGUUCAUGUAGCUCUUGCAAAGGAAAUUCUGGGAUUGGAGCUGGCAGGAAUUAGCCCUGUAUUAUAUGGCAGAAAUGAUCAAUUACAUAUAUUCAAUAACAAAUUCAAAGCUAUUCAUAGUUGGGCAUUCACAGAGUUUUCUUCUGCUGCAGCAGAUUCCAUUCAUUCAGAUGAAGAUCAGCUUAAGAUAGAAGAGAUUGUGACUGAAAUGGGUGGUCUUCUACAUGCUAAAGCAUCACUGGAUUUGAACUUUGUCAUUGCUUUGGGCCUUGCUUAUCAGCAAUUGGGAAGGUAUACUGCAGCCAUAAAGGUACCUUCUGUUUGGGUUCCUCUUAAAUCUUCUGGAUGA